GAAUGAGUUUAACGCUACAUUUAAAGAUAUACGAAUAUAUGAAUAAUCAGAUAUAAUGAAGCAUUUAAAUUUUCAGAUUUGUUUAAUUUAUCCUUACAAAUAUGAAGAAAAUGGUAUUUAUGUCUUUCGUUUCACGGGUCAAAGGUCAUUCAAACCAGUUUGACAAGUUUUUCCAACAUGCUAUUUAUAGCGACUGUAGUUAUUUUUAGACACAAACAGGGCGAACACAGACCGGUUGAAAAAGGUUAGCCAUCCAACAUCAAGAUGGGGUCAACAAAGUACAGAGCGACAAGGAUUCUUUUUAUUAUAGCCAAUAUCGCGUUUUUGAUUAUGGGUAUAGCUAUGAUGGUUAUCGGGGGAUACCUCCAAAUAUCUAGGUCAAACUAUGUGGACCUAAUGCCUAGUGAUGAGUUUUUCACAGCGACAGCUCUUCUAAUUUCGUCUGGUACAAUAGUAGUUGUUGUGUGUCUGUUUGGAUUUAUUGGUGUUUGGAUGCAAAGCCAGUGCGUCAUGCUCAUAUAUUUAAUGUGUGUUCUUGUGAUACUUGCCCUGUCUGUAGGUGCUGGAAUCAUUGCUUAUGUGUUCCAUGGAGAAAUUGAUACAGAGUUGAAAAAUAAAUUACUGGAAGGAUUAAAAGAUAAAAACAAACGUGAUGAGUGGGAUGAUAUCCAGUCUACAGAACGAUGCUGUGGUGUAUUUAACUACACAGACUGGUAUGGUUUGCUAGAUCCGGAAUACCCAGUCUCAAUACCAGAUUCUUGUUGUGAUGGACCAAAUUGUGGCUCACAAGGACAAACUGUAGCUUAUGACAUUGGUUGUUAUGAAAAAGGUAAAGAAUGGGUCAAAGAAAAUUUCUACACACUAGGAGCUGCUGGAAUAGCUUUGGGAAUUCUGCAGAUAAUUUUGAUAGUGGUAGCUCUGGCUUUACUUAUAAUGAUGAGAAGGGAAAAAUUUGUGUGAUGGACUUCAGCAAGAAAAGGUCUUACACCCCUAGUAUGGUCAAGUGCAUAAACUGAGAUUCAAAACAAACUGAACUUUUAAAUACUAAAAUAUAACUUCACAUGAGUAACAAGUUACAGAUCAUGCACAAUAGGAAAAGGUGAAUUUGAAAAAUAAGAAAUACAUUGCCAAAUAUGUUUACAAAAUAAAAUCGCAAGUGGCAUUAUGCAUCAGCCAUAAUUAAUGUAAAA